AGCAAUGAGUUCAUGUAAAUAAUGAGUUUAUAUAAAUACAUGAAUUGAAGUCAAAAAUAUAAUUUUUCAAAAUAAUUAUCUAAAAAACAUUUAUAUUGAAAAAUAAGAAAACUUCCAAAACGUCUGCAAAUAAUAAAGCGUGAAAUUCGGGAUACAAUGUUUUUAAUACGGUUAAUAUAUCUACAAGCUCGCUUUCAGACGAAUUGUGCGUAGAAAACCAAGGGUCAACGAAGGCUUGAGGAAUUUGCUCUACAUAAACAGAAGCAAUAAAGAGAAGUGGGGAGGGAGAGGAAGCUAGAGAAAAUCUUAGUGGGGGAAUGCAGAUAAUGGAAACGUGAGCACGUGAUCGUUGAAUACGGUUUCUGAUUGGUUAAACGGAAUCAGCGCUGCUUUCCCUCCCAGCUCGGUACCCGUUCGUGUUGCCCUUCUUCCGAGGUUUCGUACAGCUGCCUGCUCAGAAUAGUUCCAGAUGUGGCCAUGUUUAGUUUGAUCUUUGAAGUUUUCGCUCAUCGUCUCAUAACUGAUACAUUUUUAUACAAUCUGCUGACAUAGUAAUACGCUCUGUCCGACCAUCGUUCUUUUUCGCCUGCCUGCGACUAGUCUCGUUCAUAAUAACAUAUGUUCUUCUUUUGCUGAGAUAAAUAAUCUAAGUACGCGGAAGUACACGAGAGACGUAAAAAACGCUGUCAAUCCAUCCAGGAUAGACACGAAUCGCGUCGAGUCCGUGCAUUAAAACAUUUUAUUUCUCGAUUAAAUUUCAAUAACAGACGCGCGUCUGAUUAAACUCGCAGUUGUUUUUAUCGGCAAGGCGAGACGAACAAAUUUAUUCGUUGCUCCCUUUCUCUCUCUCUCUCCCAAUAUAUUUUCAAUUGAAAAAAGAGAGCGCUGUUAUCAGAUCACGGAACACACGGGAAUCGUCGAAGUGGAAGCUACGUCUUUACAUUAACUCUACGAAGCUUCGAGUCGUAUCUUUGGGGAAAAACGCUUUUUCCUUUUUGUUUGAUUAUUACGAAUUUUAAAAAAAGAGAAAAAAGUACAUUAUACGUAUUUCCUAUCGAGCUCUGCUCUUAUCUCCGUAUUUCAUUCGAUAGUUAAGAGCGUAAGGAAAAAGAGAUAAUUCUGAAACGCCUACGAGAGCUUAUGGUCGGUCAGCCAUAUGCCACGUCAUGCCACGACGUUGCAGUGGUAAGAUCACGUCAUUUAACGAAAUUUAAUAGCCAAGGAGAGGAGAGACACACAGUGAAAAUCUAUCCAUUUCUUCGCCGAAUCGAGAAGUGCAAAUAGUAAUUUACGGAUAAAUCAGAGAAAUAAAAAGACACUUUAAUUAAACGAGAUAUAUUAGCCUGAAUAUUGUGCUCAGGCGAGAAGAAUUAAUUUGGGAGGAUAAAAAAGAGGUCAGAGACAUGUAACUGAGGCAACGAUAGAAAAAAGAUACAGAAAACGUUUUUAAUAAAAACCUCUGGUACGUUCGGUUGUUGGGCGCGCGCACGCGCACGCAAGAGAGAAAGAGAAACGGAGAGACACACGAGAAACACGAUUCUUUGUAGGCUAAUUAGUGUCCUAGUAAACUGAGUAUUUUUGAAAAUUUUUUCAAAUGCUAGAAUUCAGGCACGCGAUUAUUUUCCAAGCAAAGAGCCAUCGAGUGUGGUCGCGUCAAUCGAUCGAAUGAUCAUCGUCGGGCCACAGUGCUAUAUCAUACGGUACAAAACACGAUCGAUCGGGACAAAACAAUGGCAUUAGAGAGUGUUUCCGCGGCUGAGACUCUAAUCCAAAGAAACGGAAGUUUGUAUUGAGUAAAAGAAAUAUGCACGGGAUCUUCGGGGAGACGAUAUACAUAUACAGAAGAUAUAUACAUAUAUACAUUUCCCGGUCGAGUACGACGUAUUUAUACAUGUACCUAAUACACAUUCAAAGACUAAAUUUAUACACAGCGCGCAUGUAGAUGUGCGUUAUGUACAUAUGUACAACCUACCUUACGUACACAUGUGUAUACCUUACAUACAUGUGUAUACACGUGAAUGAACGAAACAAACGGGGUCUACACGCAAAGAAAUUCUGACGCACGAUUAUCGAAAAAUGUUACAUGCACUGUUGAUAAUGCUGUAACGAUGACGAUGAGAUAUGCUGUAGAAAUAAUGUGAUAUGUUAUAUAUUCGUAUUCAUACUAUUGCAUUGAUGAUGAAUUAUGGUAGUUGAUGAUGAAUAAUGAUGUUAAUAAUGAACACGAUUUGUGGUAAUGAUGAUAAUGAUUUGGAAGAUGGGGAAAUUCCUUCCGAUGAAGAUGAUGAACCUCUGCCACCACCAGUAAAUAAUGACGCCAAUAAAAGUGCAUCAAAAGCAGAUAUACCAAAAACUAAAGCUUUCGAUGCUAAAUUCAAUAAAAAUAAGAAAUCAAAUGUUCAAGGAAGUAGCAAGCAUGAUAGGUUUCUAAAAUACAAAAAUCCAUCAGAAGAUUGGGCAGGAGAUGUGGAAAAAGCAAUUAGGGCAGCGUUAGAGGAAGAUGGAACCAGGAAUCAAGAUUCUAAAUCUAAGAGUAAAAAUAAUAGAAAUAAGAGUAGAAAAAGGAUGCGGGAUGAAAGAGAGGAAGACCGUAAUAAGGAUCAAAAGAGAAGAAAAGUGAGCGACGACGAAAAUGUCAAUGAAGAUGAAGAUGAAAUGUUAUUUGUUAGGGGUGCUUCACCUGUUAGGAAAGAUUCGCAAGAGAAUAAUUCUCCAAGACAUACAAACGAGCAUGAGAAUUUUGAUAGUAAUUCAGAUUAUGAUGAUAGGCCUAAUGUAAAUCGACAUAGGGAUAAUGAUAACAAGCGUAGUAAUUCAAGAGGAGGUGGCGGUGGAGGAGGACGUAGAGGCGGUAAAAAUGAACGUGGUGGUAAAAAUAAAACUCGUGGGCAAAUGCGGAAUGAUAGAAAUGGACGGAGAAAUCAAAAUAAUGACCACAAUCAAGAUCCAGAUGCUAUAUGUGUUUAUUACAUGCAAGGAAAAUGCCAUAGAGGAGAUGAUUGCCCUUUUUCACACAAUGCUUUACCACCUCGAAAGAUGGAACUCUGCAAAUUUUAUCUUAUGGACUGUUGUGCAAAGAGAGAUAAAUGCCUUUAUAUGCAUCACGAUUUUCCAUGUAAAUUUUUUCAUACAGGAUUAAAAUGUAGUCAGGGAGAGAAUUGUAAAUUUUCACAUCAACCUUUAAAUGAGCAGGUGAAAGGGAUUUUGUUAAAACACUUAGAAACAGCACCAAAAGAAAUUCUUGGAGAUUUUCCACGUUUAAGUAGAGAAGGGGCAUUGUUAAUGAUAAAUAAUACAGCUAGAGCAUUAGCGCAGGGUCAAGAAACUACAAAUCAAAAAAUUCCCAGUCUUUUUGAACUAAAUAUAUCAGCUCCAACUGGUACCACAGAAAAGAAUAAUGAAAGGGAAGAAAAAGAAGAACCAGUACAACAGCAGAAAAGUGUUAGAGAAAGGAAAUCGUCAGGUAAGAAAACUCGAUGGGGUUCAGAUGAAGAUAGGGUUCCAUACGAACAAAUCAUGUUGUUACAAUCAUCAGCCAAUGAACUUGGUCUGCAACUUCCUAAUGCUGCAUUGGGUCUAGCAACCCAACAACACUUACAAAAACCAUUAAUACCCCAAUCUAUGCCAAAUAUGGAUUUUUAUACUGAAGCUAAUAACCUUGAAUUGAACAAAAUAAAUUUAAACAAAUCAAGAGAUAGAGAAGAUUUCACAAAAGACGUAGAAGAAGACGAAAUACUAGAACAGGCAAAAAAGAAAGACACAACACUACUUGAAGAUUCAAAAGAUGUAGAUUUAAGGCAAUUGCUAAAUGCGCAAAAGCCGCCACCUGUUGUUAGUAUAGCUGAUGAAGUAGCAAAUCUUACUAAAUCUAAGUUCGAUGAAGAAAGUGAUCAAGAUGAAGAAACAGAUCUUGUUAUAGAAAUGCCAAUGGAAGAUGACGAUAAGCAGAAAGACAAAAAUACUGAUCAGGAAGAAACAAAUAUCGCAAACGAAGAAACUAAUAAUCACUGUGAUACUUCUUCACUAUGUACGGAAGAGCAAGAAAUACCAGCUCAUUUACCAAAAAAGGCACAGGAAUUGUUCAUGCGUAUUCAGCAACAACAACGGGCAGCACAGGAUAGUUUUAAAAACAUAGAAAAUGAGUUCUCUGCACUUUCGAGCAGACGUACGGAUCAAAUUUUAGAAGAUUGGUAUUCGGACGAUGAGGAUGACGAUGACGAUGAUGAAAGUGGAAAUCUUACAAUAGUACUUUCCAAUAAAGAUACGUUGAAAGAUGAAAAUGAAUCUGCAGAAAAGUCACAGAGUAUUGUGAUUAAAGAAGAAUUUCAAACUACACCUUCUGCUCCUACUAUACCUCAGCCAGCAGCUAUUGUGGACAAACUUGGAGACUUAAGUAAGAUUGACAUUAGUGCUGAGGUAUCAAAGUUAUUAUCGUCACUAAAGGCGACGACUGGUAAAUCUUUUCAACAAAAUACUACACAAGAUUAUUCCUCAAAAGUUAAAUCUUCACCGGACAGAAUAUCAUCAGACGAAUCAAACAUUCACAGUAAAAGUAUCAACACAUUUAAUACUUCAAAUCAGUUAUCAAAAAUUGAAAAUGAAACAUCGAGUCCACGUUCCUCCCCUGGAACAAGUUCUGUACCUGUUUCCAGAGAUCCCCGUAUGUCACGAGAUCCCAGACAACGUCGAGACGAACAGAAAUUGAGCAGCCCUAGUAGAACAGAUAGUAAAAAAGAAUCUAAGCAUCUUAGAUUGGAAACGAGUAUCUACAGUUCCGGCAUUACUGCUGUUGAUACUAACAUGGAUACAGAUCUCCGAACUAAGACAGAUCAGGAUCUUCGGAGAAAGGAUAUGGAUUUCAGACAACAAUUCCAAACCGGUUUUGGAGAUACUGAUCUUCGAGUUGUCAGUGCAGGAUUCACCGAUGCGUCUACUAAAUCUGAUGUGGAUUUGCGACAAAUGUUGAGUUUGCCUUUUAAACCGGCACCAUCGCACGUUCCUUGUACGGAAAUUGAUGCAAGUAUUUCUUCGCAUCCUCCAAUGACGUAUAAAGUAUAUGUUGUUGACAUACCAAGACCUGAUUAUACAGGUCUUAAACUUACUAAAAAUGAUGCACAGGUUAAAUACGAUCCACGAUUACGUAAAAUAUUUAGAAUCGGUAAAAUCGAAUUAGCUGAUUCUCCCAUGUCUCCACCUCCAAUUAAAAUGGAUACUCCAAAGUCACCCCCACAAGUCCGAUCCGAUCCACGUCGAAAAGCUCUCGAGGCUUCCAAUUUAUCUUCUCAAAAUGUAAAUGCUUCCAUGAUGAAGAAUGUACAGCAGUCGUCAAUAGAAAUAUCGAACAUGGGAAUGGGUCCUGGUGGUAUGUCUGUUCCUCAGGGUAUGCCUGGACCACAAGGUAUGCAAGGAGGACAAGGCAUGAUGCCAAUGGGUCCAAAUCCAAUGCUUGGAAAUAUGGGACCUAUAGGACCUAUUAUGAAUACUCCCAUGGGCCCUCAAAACAUACCACCUAUGGGUAUGACGGGAAUGUCCAACAUGCCUCCGGGAAUGACCAUGAACGGACCAGUUGUGCCUCAGAAUCAGAUGAACUUUGAUCCACGUUUUAAUGUUCAACGCAACAAUGGGGCUGGGUUGUUAGGCCCAGCACCUGGUGUAGGCUUCGGACCAGACGUUAAUUCUUCAUACGAUGGUGCGCCAUCGUACCCUAGUGGCAAUUUCAAUAACUUUGGUCCCGGUCCUACUUCAGUGCCUCCAGAUUCUGGUAUGAUGGGAUUCAAUCCGAAUGGUCCGAAUCCAAACUUCGGUAUGGAGGGGCCUGAGUGGAAUGGAACAAACCAAAAUAGACGCGGUGGACGAAUCAGGCGACGAAAUCGAAAUAGGACCAAUAUCGUGACUAAUAAUUAAGGCAAUAAGCAAUUUCAAGUAGGUACAUAAGCGAAGUACCUGGUGAUAAUUCUCAUUGUAAUUUAAAUUUGUACAGCAUGCAUUAAUGAUAAUGCAUUCAUUUAUGGCGGUCCAGAUUAAUGAUCUUUUGAUUGUGUCAAUUGUACAUGGUGUCAAAUGCUCGAUAGUGGUUAAAUAGCAAAAUAUAAAUUUAAACUAUUGGAAGAAAAAUAUUAAAUAUUGUACAUGAAUUACACACUUUGAAGCAUUUCUUUGUAUGAAGUAUACAUACCAAUGAAUGAUAUAAGUAAUGCUCAUAAUUACGUGACUCUAUAUUUUAUUUAAAAAAUAUAAAUCAUAUUAUAUACACGAGAAAUAUAUCAAAUAUAUCUAUGAAUAAUAGCAAAUGAAAUUUUCAGCGGAGAUGUAUAUGUAUAUAUUGAACAUCUUCAUCCAUUUAAAAAGACAUUUAAUAUAUAAGAUAUGAUGAAUGAAAAAUCUGAUUAUAUAGAUUGAUUUAUAUCUUUUUUUUAUGUCUUCCAUGUAUGAUACAUAACGGAAAUACAUACAUACAUAUAUAUGAAUAUAUAUAUAUGAAUAUAUGUAUGUGUGUGUAUAAUUUAUAUGCAAAUAGUUCUUGAAUUCUAGAAUGCAUAUAAGUUUUAUUAAAUUAUGUUUAGACAGUAUCAGAACGACAUAAAUUCAUUAAACAUGAAACGGCCUAAGGCCUAUUAUUAUAAGUCAAAACACCAAUAAAAUGACAUAGUACAUGAUACAGUAUGAAAAUGCAAUAUUUUAUAAAAAACUAAUGUACUUAUAAGAGUUUUGAAAAUAAUUGUACAUGGACAUACUUUUUUACUUACAUUAGAAGAGAUAUAGAUAGAUAUCAAAAGAUAUUUCAUUUCAAAUUUUGUAGGGACUGCAGAUUAAAAAUGUAUUUAAAUAAAUGUGAACCUUAUGAUAAUCUAGGUUUUACACUGCUAGCAAAAUUUUUACCCUAUUAUUACAUUUACCCGUUAUGGCAGUCAUAUGUUCCAUGUAUUAAUAUUAAAUACAUCUCUGCUAAAACGCAGAUUAAGAAAUACUUCCUCUUUAUAAAUAAUAUUAGAAACAGAGUAUAUGUUUCAAUCUAAAGAAUUGUUCAGCCAUUAUUCAAUGUUAACCUAUUGAUAUUUUCCUUUAUUAUUACCUAUUACCUAGAAAGUUAAAAAAUGAAAAUUACAUUUGUAAAAAAUAUAGUUUACUAUCAUAUAGUGAAACUCUUUUGUACAAUUUAAUUAUUAAUUCUAAUACGUUUUUCUACUAUUACUCAUAACGUUGUAAACAAUGGUUGUGUUUCCCCACUGCACUUUGUUUAAAACACAAAUAUUUUAAAUAUGGAUAUAAAAAAUGAUAAAAUUUAUAUAAUGUACAACCCAUGUAAGAGAAAUUGUACUUUCAUUUGACUAUAAUUCACUAUUACAGAUUCUUGUUUAAUUAUUA